GUCACGGCUCCACUGCAGCAGUCACAAGCGUCCAUCCGCGUUCACCUCCUCGCCGCGCUCCUCAGCCGCUGCCCACGGUGCGGUCCUCGCCCACCGCGUGCGCCGCCAGCAGGAGUCUCAUCUCCGCUCUCCAGCCGGAGGAGGUCCUGGUUCUUGAAGCGGUCUGGAGCAGGGUGUACAGAGGCAGGCUCGCCACGGGAGAGACGUCGAGGGGAAGCUGGAGGCCAGCAGGGCCCGGCGGCUGGGAGUCGUGGGCUCUCCUGCUCAUCCUCCCCGUCCUCUCCUCACAUCUGGGCUUUUCUGUAAGACGCGAUGGAGGCUGAGCCGUCCCACAAGGGUAGAAGGGGCGGAAGAGAUGGAGACCGCGACAUCCAGCGAUGGGGAUGGAGGCGGCCACCGCCGGGGCGUACGCCGCGGCGUCCACCAGCGAAAGGGAAGCAGGCGGGGCGGAAGGGAUGGAGACCCUGAUGUCCAGUCCAGCGACGGGGAUGGAGGCGGCCACCGCCGGGGCGGAGUCCGUGGCGUACGCCAGCGAAAGGGAGCCGGGCAGGGGUGAUGGAGACCAUGGCGUCUACUGGCGGCGGCGCCUUACCUCUCACUCGACUGGUUGGAGGGCUUGGCGGCCGCCCUCAAUACCAUGACAAUCGACCUGCUCGCUCUUCUUUUCUUUCAGAUCAUAGAUGCCUUAACCCAAAGGCGCAGGUUAAGAUGGCAAGCCUGAAUAAAUGCUCUGUCUGUACAGAGAAUGAUACUGUGCUAACGCCAUCCAUCUUCGAUGUUUCUGUGGCAGUCAAAGAAGAUUGGUGUCAAGGCAAAUGUUCUUUCGGUGACAAUACAAGAAGCUUGGUGUCCAUCUUAACUGCGGUGGAAAUAAAACAUCUCCAUGGUGGUGCUUAUAAGUGCCUUAGAUGUUCGUAUAUAUUGGAUCAGCCUAAGGUUGUCUCCGAGGAGUUCUUGCAGGCCCAGGUUCAUUGGGGUCGGUUUGUCUUCUGCCCCUCUUUUGAUUUAUUGUUUCAUAUCGUUGAUUUAUGUUUGGAUUGGGUAUAUGCGCUUUGAUCGGUUCAUUGGUGUGUGAUCGUUAUUCCUGAGUUGUGACAUCUGCCUGUCGUUAUGUGCGUCCCGCUGUCCUCGUGGCGAUGUCCUUCUCGAAUUGAUAUUCUCCUGUUGAGUUGAUUUGUUGUUUUGGUUGUGGAGAUUGUAACCUACGGCGCACUGUUUCUUUUCCGCGCAAAUCGUCGGGUUUUGCUGCGCUCCCUAUGAGUGGUCAUCGUCCUGCUGUUCAUCGUCGGAUCCCUCCGCCUCGCUGCAGCAGUGCCAUGUUCCUGAAUGUAUCGGCAGUUCGGCACUAUUCUGCUUCUCGCUGAUGGCAGUCGCGGCAAUUGUCCGGCUGGCACGCAUGGAAGGCGUGGUAGGUGGCCCUCUUGCUCGCACUCUCUGUUGGUGCUUUCAAGUCCACCUUUCAAGAUGUCAAUGGAGAGUACCUCUCUCUCUGUGUUCGUGGUAGUCGUGGUAGGUCUCAGAGUGAUGUGCGUCGAAGGCGGGAACUUGCGUUGCUAGCCUGUUCCAACUGAUGUUUGACCCGCAUUGUCCUGUGCUGCCAUUUCCGCUCUCCUGCGUUUUUCCGCUCAUUCGUUCGCUCUGCCUACUGCUUCCUUCGUGUGUUGUCCCGAAUGGUUCUCCGUUGCUUCCUUCGUGUGUUGUCCCGAAUGGUUCUCUGUCUGCUGUCGUGUCCGAUACGGAUGCUGGCAGGCGAGACCAUGAGAGGUCCAUCUAUGCAAGCGUCUGGUUGGCUUCUCUGAUGGCAUCGUUCUUAUCAUUGCUGAGUUUUCUCUUCUGAUGACUUGCUUUUAUUGAUUCAACCAUACUUUCAUCUCAGCCUGCGUCCAUCGGCGUUGGUCUCUCUCACGUUCAUAUUCUCUGUUUCUUCAGUUCAUUGUGGUUUCCUGUUGUUUCUUCUUAAUUAAUUCGCUUUUAUCAGGGAAUUACAGAGGCGGAUUUGUCGAUGUUAGGCUUUAGUCGUGUGUGAACGAAUUUGGUCCUUCGGCGUCUUGCUUCUUCUGUGGAUGUUUGACCUGUAUGAGCAUGGUUUCAUGGAUGCCUUUUCUGCAUGCUCUAUCUUGUUGGGAUUUGGAACCGUUUUGUCCAACCAUCUCGUGAUUGGCAGCGUGUUAAUUUGCUGAUUGUUUCGUCAGUUGGUCGAUCGGAUGGUUUUGCUGCUUCUAGCUCAAGACAUGUUGCUCUUAGACCGGCUGCUCGCCCUGCUAUUGCUUCGUCUGUUCUUUGACGUGGUGUUUACUUAUUUCCCAAUUUCUGACGACCCCUUCUUUUUCUGCCUGUAUGUAGUCGAUGAGUUUUCCUUUGUUCCUUCUGAUUCCGCAUCUUCAAAGAAAACAAGAUGACGACGAAGAAAGAAGAAAGCAAGCAUGCCACCACAUCUCCCUUCGACCACGAUGCUGAGUCCUUCAAGAACGAUGGCGAGCCUUCAGUCUGUCGAUCCAGGUAUUGCCAUCUACGAUGAGAACUCCGACGCACCAAGAAGCCGAAAUACUCUCAUCUUAUUGUCCUACUUUUUUGCCUGCUUAUUUAGCUAGGACAACCGGAUAUGUAUCAUUUAAACUCGACGAAAUCUACCUUUUGUUGUAUCCCGUUUAGUCUAGACUACCUGUGAGCUAACUUGAUCUGAAUUGUAUUGGCAUUGGUCUAAGGACGCCGGAAUUUCGACAAACCAAUAGGGCGAUACCGUCCGUCAGCUAAAACAACACGACAUUCAGUCAA